CAAGCGUUAGGUUUUAAUGAACUGCUACAAGUUAUCGAUUUGAAGAAUUUGCAACAAUUUCAAGACGUUAUUACAAGCAAUCGUUACUCUGUGGUAAGCGUGAUGAGCUUGUUGGCGCAAAGCUGCAACACUUUUCUCAAGCGAUGCUUUUUUCAAAACAAACUCUAUCCUUGUGAUGAACUCUUCGAGCCGGUGCUCACCAAACUGGGCGUCUGUUGUACCUUUAACAGCAUAUAUAAGUUUGCUAAUGACAAGAGAAAUGAGAAGAAACCAAAUUUUAUAAAAUAUAAAGUUAAAACAAAUGGAUUUGAGGACGGACUUACUGUCAUCGCAGAUUACGAUCCCGAAGACGCUGUCAACGGCACCGUUCAGCACGCGGGUGCAACUCGGGUUAUGUUUACGGAUUGGUCCGAGUUCCCUUUGGAGGGAGAGUCAACGCUAGCACACCCUGGCAUUGAAACUUUCUUGCUCAUCUCUGCCACCUACACCUACUGCUCCGAUGAGGUAGAAACACUGCCAGUCGAAAGUAGGAAAUGCGUCUUCCGUGACACGAUCCUGCCUCACUUCGGGGAAUACCACCACACUGACUGCGAGCUGAACUGUCUCGUCAGCAAGGUGGAGUCUGACUGCCACUGCUUGUUUUUCUACGUGCCCAACGUUAGCCCGCAUCAAGUCUGCAACUUCACUAAGAUUCCUUGCAUUUUGGACGUUAAAUGUAAAGUUAUUUUUAAUAAUGUGCACGAUACGUAA